CUCCCCCAUCCCUGUCCUUUCUUGUACCACCGCUGGCGUCCAGAAUCAACGCUGUUGGCAAGUCUCUCACCGGCGAGCUCGGAGAGAGGAAAGCCAUGCUCUCCUCGUUCGUUCGCAACACCGUCAAGGGCGGUAAGCGAAACAAAGCUGCCAAGGGCGGCAAGACCUCGGCCCACCAAGCGCACCCGCAACCCUCCCCGUCAUCCAUCGACUCCUUCGCCUCGCCAGACGUGUUUGACAUUCACGAGAAAGCUCAUGACUACCACCACGACGCCAAUCCCUAUUCCGUACAAGGCUCUCUCGGCAACUCCACCGUCGACUCCUUGCACAGCCGCAGUUUCGACAACUCGCCCCAGGUCCAGCUUGACCUCCCCGAAAAUGAGUCCGACUGGACCCAGGAGCUGCUUCAGUGCGGCAGGGGCACCCCAACUCUCAGCAGCGACUGGUCCCAGGCCAUCUUUCGGCGGCAGAAUGGUGGAUCGCCAUCACCGAAACCGGACAGUGCGGCAUCAGGUUCAGAACGAUGCGUGGAGAAGGUGGCGUCUAGCGAGAGUCUGAGGAGAGGCCCGAGGGCACCCAAGGUUAUCGAGCCAGAGCCCAUUGUUGAUGGUACGCCGGACCUGCCGUCUGCUGGGAUGACCAGUACUGAUGUCUCGUCUGUACCGGCUGGUUCCACUUGGAAGAAGUCUAUCCCAGCGCCAAUCAAGAUCCCAGAGAGGGAUCGCCUCGUUCCCGCCUUGCCCGUUGCCCGCAGCAAUAGUACUAUCCCCGAACACCCACCCCGAGAAGGCGUCGCACGAAGGAACACCCUCCCAUCCCGCCAGCCCUCGCCCAUUUCCUCCAGCGAUGAUGCCUCUGCUGUGUCAGGAACGACUCUCGCACGAGCUCUCAUCGCGAACGCGUUCACGCUGUCAUCCGGCGACACGCGGUCUUCGCGCUACAAGGCGACGAUGACGCGACAGGACUCUGCAACACUGCCUCGGGGCGAACAGCCCACGGCGAACUCGCCAUACUGGAGAGAUCGACGGAUCAGUGGCGGGGAGAUUGUGUUGGACUACGAGUCGCAGACGGGCCCCAUCGUCCCACCCGUUCCCCCUGUUCCGCCAGGCGCAGGCGCGAUCUUCCUGGACCAGAAGCGCGGCGCAUCCGUGGCGGACAAGCGGCACUCGGAUUCGCAGGUGAAGGCGCAGAGGUUGGUGCUUACGCCGCCGCCGCCGUCGAAUGGCCACGAUCUUGCGUUUGUCAGCACGCGCGAGACGUCGACGUAUGUAGAGACGACGAAUCUCGCGCAGAUCCCGGAGCUGCCCUCGCCCGUACCGACGAUGGCGAACCUCGAGCCGCCCAGGACCGCCAACGACGCCUCCUCCUCGUCCCCUUCCUCCUUUUCCCCGCCGAGUCCGCUCCGCCAGGCUCAGUCCGCGCCUGCUGAUACCCCGUCCGCUGAGGAGACGUCAUCUGCGCCCGCGUCUGCUUCGCGUGUUCCGCUUCCGUCUUCGGACGCGUCAGAAGCGCCUACAUCCGGGGCUCCGAGUCUGGAAUUGGAGUUCUCGACGAAAAAGGAUGAGGCGCACCGGCGAACGCACUCGGACCCUAUGCUGUCGCCUAGUCCGACGGACCAUAGUUUGGACGAUUAUCAGUUCGUGCCGCCGAGUGCGUCGGAGAUGAUGAUGUCGGCGUCGUCGGCGUCAGGUGCGUCGGAGAUGUCGUCGUCGUCGUAUGCGAUGUCGCAUCGCCCGUGGCGCUCGGAGAGCACGACGAGGCCGAGGUUUGUGGGGUCGGUGGGGAUGUCGGUGCCUACGAAUAGGGGGAGAAUCGAGCGCAUGGGAUCCGACCCGCGGCUGAACCUGAAGGUGCACCCGCGCAACAAGAAACAAGUCACGCUGCUCCCCAUCGGCGACCGCCACAGCUCGCUGAUGCACGUGCCGCAGACGCCCAUCACGCCCGGCGUCGCGUCGCUUAACUUGAACAUGCCGGGUCUCGGUCAACAGCUACACCCGCAAUCGCGUUCGUCGAUGCUGCUCACCCAACAGGUGCCCACAUCCGCUGUGCCGGCGGGUACGCUCGAGAUGCCGCUGACGGCGUCGCGGAGCUCGACGCUGGAUAGUAGCAUGUUCUCUAUCCCCGUCGCGCCUUCUGCCUCGCUGGCGGCGCCGCAGUCGCAGUGGCAGCGGAAACCGGUGCCGAGCCGUAUCCAUGUCGGGCGGGAGGACGACGAUCUGUCGGACUAUCUGACGAUGUCGCCCGAGUCGUCGUUGCGGUACCAGAGCUCGGCGCAGCACGAGCAUGAGCACGGGCACGAGCACGGGCACGAGUAUUAUCCGACGUUCCCGGAAACCCCGCAGGUGUUCACGCCGUUGUAUUCGUCCGACGAGUAUUAUUUUGCGCCGCACAGCCACAGCCAUGGUCCUGCUGUGUCCAUGCGGCGCAAGGGAGGGCGGGGGGCGACGCUGUCGCCUGUUGUGGAUGAGGGGAAGGAGCUGUCGGGUCCUGGUUCUGGCGGUGCUAGCAGCGAAAAUGGGCUUACGCGCUCAAUCACGCUGAAUUUCGAGCCUGGCUCGCCGGCGGCGCCUCUGGUGGGCUCGUCGACGCGGUCAUCGACGUCCCCGCGGAGGCGGUCGACGUACGAGGUCAAGAACGAGAAUGGGUCGCCUGACUCGUCUGGUGGUGGGUUUCCGAGGUCGCCACCUGGGGUUCAUAGGAGGGCAAUGUCGGCUGCGACGUCUCCGACCACGUCGAUUCGCCCUUCGCCGUUGUCGCAUGUGACGACGUAUGAUGGGGAGAGCUCGGCUAAACAACAACUCGCAGCAGAGGAAACGACGCCACCUGCUUCUGCGCCCUCAAUUAUUACCACGCAUCAUGACCCUGACGACGACGACGACGACUAUGUAGCGGAAAACUCGAACGGAAACUUUGUCCUCUCUUCUUCGCAUUCGAACUCGGAGCUAUCUCCCGCUGCCAUUCCUUUACCCGACUCCGCCACCCCCAGUCCCCUGCCUCCCCCCUCAAUUAGAAGCACGGGCAGCGUGUCGCCGCUGCCGACUCCGUCCCUUCCUUACUCCGCAUCCCCGUCGCUCCAUUCUGCUCUGUCCUCCCAGUCGCAGCCGGAGAGCUUUGUGCCAAACCUCGGCGUGUCGUCGGUCGAGAGCUCGCCGAUCGAGUAUAUGGACCUUCCCCCGCCACCGUCAGAGCCAGCGUCGAUGCACUCCCCAUCCCCGAGCCACGAUCACACGCAAGUCGUGGAAGUUGAUUCGCGGCGGGGCAGCAGCGUCUCGCGGCACUCGGGCGCAUCGUCGUCGCCGUCGUUCACGCCGUCGUUUAUUGCGCCGCCUGCAUAUCACGAUGUUGUGAAUGACCGGGAUCGUCCACCGAGGCUUUCGUUGGAGGCGGAGGAGGAUGGGCAGGGACAUCAUCACCACAACCAGCAUCACCAUCCGCAGUUCUUCACGGAUAGUCCGCCUGCGCAUGUGGACCAACACGAUCGUAUCAACGAGCACGAGGGCGUGGCGCCCCACGAGCACGCGCCAGACCAUCUCCACCCGCUAUCGGCGCAUUCGAACCACUCGGAGCACUCGAACAACAGUCCGCGUGCGCGGAUACGCUCGCGACCCGCCAUGCCCGCCGGCCCUCGCAAGCCCAGCGGCCCCGUUCAACCCCUCGGGCCCCUCACUCGCGACCGCACCGGCUCGGUGUCGUCGCUGGGCCCCGGCCGCGCGGGCCCGGGCGUGGCGGGGGGCACGUCGUGGCGCAAGCUGUACGCGUCCGCGUCGGCGCCGCCGCCGAAGUUCCAGGCGCCGCCGCUCAAGUACCGCACGCUGACGCACGAGGCGGCGCAGUGGACGCUGUCGUCUGCGCAGCUGCAGGAGAUCGUGUCGCGCGCGAUCAAGCAGACGGCGGAGGCGACGUCGGUGCGCGUGCUGAGGCUGGAGAAUCUGGAUGUGGAUAUUCCGGAGGACGUGCAUAGGCUUGAGCUGCAGCGCACGGAUGUGAAGGCGCGGUAUAAGAUGAUGAUGCGCAAGCGGUGGAGUCUGAUGGGCACGCUUGCGACGCACAUUGAAGGCGGGGCGGAGACGUGCGAUGCGGUCACGGCUGCGCGGGCGCUCGAGGAGCUCGCGGAGGUGGCGUCUGCGUUAGAUCAUCUCGCGGAGGAGCUGCAUCGCGUGUCGGAGCAACUUGCGCAGCUGAAAAGCCUGAGGGACGUGCAUGCGGCGAGCGCGCUCGCGAUGGCGCUGCGCAAGCUGAACGCGAGCUUCUUGAAGCAGGUGUCGGAGGCGCAGGGGCUGCACGAGCGUAUCGGCACGCUCGAGGCGGAGCGCGAUGAGGCGUGGAAGCAUGCGGAGGACGCGGCGCAGGAUCUGGACGCGCUCGAGGAGCGGGUCAAGGCGGAGGACGGUGGCGCCGGCAGCAGCAACAACGGUGGCAACAGAAGCAGCAACAAUGACAACGGGGACGCCGGUGCGUUGCCCGAUGUGAAGCCGCGGGUGUCGAAUCGGCGCUCGCUGCGCAUCUCGGCGGUGCGCAAGUCGAGCGUGCGCGCGUCCAAAGCCGGCUUGCGCUCGAAACGCACGUCGGUGAGCAGCGUCGGCACGCGCAACAGCCUCGUCGCGCCCUCGUCCGGGAUCCGGUCCAACUUCUCGAUCGAGGACAUCCCGCCCGUGCCGCCACUCCCACUCCCCUUUGGCGCGUCCGGUAUGGGCAUGGGCGGUGGGACGAACGGUGGCCCUGCGACGCGCGCGUCGGGCAUGUCGUCCGCGCAGGCGUCGGCCUCCGGCGCGCGCGCGCUCAUGCAGGCGCAGCGCGAGCUGUACGAUAUGCUCGGCCUGUCCAGCCCCGACUUCUUCCCCGGGCAGGAUUCGCCUGGUCGCCCGCGGAGUGCGUCGGGUUUCGUGGCGACGAGCAGCAGGGGGGCGUCUGUGCAUGGUACGCGGCCGCUGUCGGAAAUCAGCACGGGCUGGGCGGCGCACCGGCCGAGGAGCUCGGUGGGGCUCAGUAGGAGCGCGUAUAGUAGUGUACAUGAGGAAGAGCGACAAGCCCUGCUGGCGACGCUGGGCCUUCUUGACCGGGAUUAAUCAUUUGUAGAAUUUCUUGUUACACUCUACCAUACAGCACCUGCGUCAAGGCUGGAUCAUUUUACGGUAUACAUAUUUAUUAUCGCUACUCCGCUUCAUAUUUGUUCUUUUGUCUGUCCCUGCACGUUUUUCUGGCUAGACCAGUGUCACACUCCUUUGUUUUGUUUUGUUCGUUCUGUCAUCUAUCACCUCGCAUCUCCCCGCUCCUGCAUAUUUACUGUGAUAUUAUUGUCAUAUACCUUGUGCUAGUUACCAUACUGUCAUGACUCUCUGUUUACUCAUCGCUGCCUCAUCGGAGCCGCCGUUGCUACUGUUUGCUUUGUGCCGAUUAUUGAUUUAGGUGCUCAAUGCAACAUGCAACCAUCACUACUUGAAUUCGAGCUCCACUUUCUCAAUUUCCUCCUUGACUUUGUUAGCGAAAGCGAGUUUCACGUUGCCAAGUUUGCCUUGGGAUACGAACUCGCUGCAAAGAUUGCAGCUGGGGUUCUUGCCAGUGAGCAACUCGAACUGGCUGGACUGAAGGAUGGUCGUGCUAUCAGGCCUCUCGACCAACUCUGCGCUGAUCGUAGCCAGGAUAUCAAG